CUCUCUCUAACAACACACUUUUUCUUCCGGCCGUCGUCUUCGGUGUCGCUUCUUCACGCCGCCGCCGUUGCUGCACUUCUCUCAUCGAUCGAUCGCUCUCUGGAACUGAACUGCGGUUGCGGGCGAUCAGCAGGGUCUCAAAGUGUGUCUUCCCGUCGGUCGGUCGGUCGAUUUGGCUGCCAAAGGUAGCACACUAGCACACAUAAACCUCUCGUGCGCCGUGUGCUGUGCGCUCAUCGCGACGCGAUAUACGAGCUCGCUGGCAGGUCGCCUCGGCGGCUCGAGUUCAGUCCGCAUCUAACGUCUUCAGUGUCAAGGUCUCUUGGAUCUUUCUCCAGUCCUGUGCGCUGAAGAGAAGAGGAAGAAACGGUUCUGUGUGUUUUGAGUGUGGGCCAGCGAGAGAAAGAGUGCGGUUAGGGAAAAGGCGGAAGGUAGAGCGCUGCAGUUUACGGUUGGAGUACUGGACCUCGGAGCAAGGUCUCUGGCAGAAACCGUUGCUGUUUCGAAAUCUCGGAAAUCGCCGAUCGAGUGGAUGUUCUUGAACUUGACUCUUGAAGAGUUUUCGUGGAUUUUGUUUUGGAGCGAUCGGUUGAACUUUGGUUCGAAGUGAUCUCGAAGGAUUUGUUGUGCUAACGAAACAGACCGUACCCGUACACCUGUUGAAGUGUGUCUCAGAAGUCGAAGCGUUGAAGACGAUCGCGUUGGAGUCAAGUGCCUGUGCUAAUCGUGCUUCGGCUGACCUUCCUGUGCUCCUGUGAGGUGAUCUGCGAGUUCAAGUUCAAAGUAUUUGCAUACCGCAAUUUCGGAGCCCGCUGCUGCCCCCUGGAUGGGACGGAACGCAACGAGUAGCUAGUGGAGGAGAGUGCAUUGUGCGAGUUGAAGUUGUUUCGCGCAGCUGGUGCCAACCCAAUCACACUAUCAACGCCGCCACCGUGAAGAAGUCUUUGGCCGAUCCUCGACGACACGACGACGGUCCGGUCCGCGCGUCCGUCCGGUUUUGUGAGUGGUCAUCCGCGCGCGCGCUGUCCGGUCGAUUGGGGUAGUAGUGAAAUUGAGCGAUCCGCGUCAACAGCAAUUCGGGUUUUGCGUUCGGCUAGAAUUGGUGAGCCAAGCCAAGUGCGAUCGCGCGCGCACGCUUGAACGUCUCCUGUCUGUAGAGCUCUGCCUGGUGCGCGCAAAGUGGAGUGAGAGCAAAAAAGUGAAAUUGAAGUCUUUCUUCGCCGAUUGACGGUAGCAAAGUGUGGCAGCCAGGAGAAGAAGAAAAGAUAUGAUAAUGAUAAUGAUGUUGGCCAAACAAUAAGUGUCGUCGAGAGGAAACGAGAGAGAGUGUGUGCGGUUCGUGUCUCUGAAACCUGGGGAAGAGGAAGUGUGAGGUGUGAAUAUUUCUGAUUCGACGGCGGAAAACUUUCGGUAUCGCUUGGGACUAAUUCGACGAUCGUUCAGUAAUUACGCGUGGCUGCACUUUUACUGUUGGUUUUCAAACGGACGGAACUUGUGUCCCAGGUGUGUAUGUGAUGAAGUUGAAGUUGUAGAAAUCCGUGACCUCUUCAGGAAAAGCAAGUGCCUCCAGCGCGAGAGGAAAGUGUUACAACCGAAGAAGUGUUUGCGUAGAUUCCGACGUAGUGUGUGACUCGAAGCCACGGAUAUUGCGAAGAACCUGUCCAUAAUGAUACCGAUUUGUGCUAACGGCAGUGCUAGUUAUCGUCGUAGUCCCCACGUAGUUCAGCCUCUUCAAUAUCCCGUCGGUGCUGCUCUGCAUCAUUAGCGGCAACCCAGGUCCAAGGGGCUCCAAUCCCGCCUUCCAACGGCCAUCAUCAACAUCCGUGCUAGAAAAGAAAAUCGAUCGAUUUCCUGUCGCCGCAAUUUCUCCCGUAUUCAACCACCACUGAUCGCGUAAAGUGAAAGAAGCAGAUAAUAGUAAUAAUAAUAAAAAUAGGCCUCUCGCCUUUCAACUGAUAGAUCGGGAUCGCCGCGCCGUCGCCGCCACCGCCAUCUACCUGUUCGGUUCCCUCGUUUUCCAUUCCCGCGAUCAAAGAAAAAAAAAAAGUGGAACAUUGCCGCAAACCCGCACUAGCGCUAUCUAUCUAUCGCCUCCGGUCAGCUCCAGUUCAGCGCAUCCGGUAGACGCGCAAGUCUAACGGAUCAAGCCGAGCGCAUCGAAGAACCCGAAUUAACCCGCCAACAGAUUACAAAAAAAAAAUAAAAUAAAAAAAAGUGCGCGACGAUAAAAGUGUUUGCCUUAUAUCGCUCGAGUGUUGUUCGUUCAUGCAAAGUCAAAGUCAAAGCCGUCGUCCGCUGUGACCAACCAGCCAAGUUCAAGUUCUGCUCUAGUGGAGAUCAUCGCCGCCGUCGUUGUACACGUCGUAAGAUCGCAAAUCUUUGCUGCCAAGUCGGGUUGAAGACGUGCCGCUGCCAAGAUGUCCAGUAAACCGCGUCGAGGGACAGUCAGAUGGAGCCAUCAACGACCUGCCAGCAGUAGUUCCUCCUCAUCAGCCUCCUCCGCGACGCACGCCCUGCUACUCACCUCCCUGACAGUGUUCCUCAGCAAUCUGCUCAGCACCGCCAGUGGGAACCCGCUGCAUCCGUUCACCUCGUCAUUCAGUCGAAACCUGCGGCAUCUACCAUGCGUGGUGCGGAGUUCCGGUGCCGAGGGCAUCUGCAUGUUUGCCAUCGAUUGCUUCAAAGCCAACGGCACCCACCUAGGGGUCUGCAUAGACAAGAUAUUCUUCGGAUCCUGCUGUCAGGUGCACGAUGACAGCCUGUUGUUCAAAUACGAAAUUACGGACAACAGUAUAGACAACAACCACUCAGGUACCCACUACCAGCACCAUCCAACUGUGAUCGAUAUGAGUAAGAAACCUCCACUAACGGAAACGAUAUUGCCCACGUCGGCUAAACCAAACAGCACUACCAAAUAUGAGUUAGUUAGCACUUCAUCAACAACAACCCGCCGAACAACUACAAAAUUCAGCCGAAGAAACUCCACAGCGACAGCGACCACUGUGAAACUGGAACAGAAGGACGAAACACCUUCCACGACGACCGAGUAUCAAGAAUUUUCCACUUUUCAGUAUGUUCAAAGCAGUAAGAACCCCGGAUCAGGAGAAGCCGAGACAACCAAACGAACGACGACUACUCGGAGAACACCUCCAAGAAACACAACCAAACCGUACAAGACUAGGAGACCAACGCCCAGUCGGAAUACAACAAAAAGACCAACAACUCAGACAACAACGCCCAAAUCUACAAUGACGACCUUCCAAGAAGUUAGACGAAAUGUGACGACAUGGUCAACGGUUACACGGAUACCGACGACAUCUGCUGAGGUAACCACCAGUUCACCCAAUCAACCGACUACUACCAGUUCGACAACCGUUAGACGCACGACAACUCAAACACGAAAACCAACUACCACUUUAUCCACGUCUUCCGAGGAGUCCACCUAUUUCAUACCAUCUCGAAGACCUCCAACGAUUCAACCGCUUACACGACCACCAGUCCGACGAAGACCAACGACAACUGCUACUACCGUGACGGAACCGGAAACCACCAAAGCACCUCGACCACGACCUAGGCCAACAGCUGAAAUUGUCACCGUACCAGCAACUUCACUAGAACACCUUAUUGAAGACCUCCUUACAUCUGCUGGUCAGGAACUUUCUUCGAUAGAAACCACCGUUGGUACAACAGUGAAAGAAACACGUGAAAAGCCAACCACCACUCCUCAAACUACAAUGGCUCAUCGAAGAACUACUACGGUCAGUAGUACCGUGCCUUCGACCUCCACGACUACUCCUUCGACAACUACCAGGACCACAACACCUUCAACGACUACGAAAACCACUACCUCAGCUCCAACAACGACAACGAAAACUACAACAACCUCUACCACGACAGAACCUCCGACAACCACGACUGUUAGAACGACAAAGACUACUCCCGCAGGACGCAUCACGCCUCCUGCCGACGCUGACUAUCAACCGGAGACUUCACAGACCGAAAACUCCCUGGAUGAGACCACCGCUGGCGCCGGUUUAGUUACCUGGUCCAGCAUUGUGGACGAACCCUCCAGUAGCGAGAAGCUCCCCUCCGACCCAGCGCCUACAGGUCCCACUACGUCCAACAGUUGGAUACUGAUUCAUACACUAACCCCGGAGGAGGUGCUCAGCGCCAAUCAGACUAACAAUCACAGCUCACCCACUCAAACCUCAUCGUCAUCCUCCGCAUCGCUGAUCGACCUCGAGGACCCAGAACCCUCGCCGGACAUCAUUCUACCGCCACUUGAUCCGCUGCUUCCGGAAGCGGCCUACAUCUACACCAUUCAUGACGAAACUAACCAGACCAUAUCCGGCGACCUCAUCUCUCAUUCGCAACUUGCAUCCUCGCCUUCCACAGAGGAGAGUCCUGUUACAUCUCCGCCUAGCAUGUCCGAAGAAGUCACUACCACCAGUAGUACGUUUGCACCCAUUACUACGAAAAAGACCACAACGGCUAGUGCCACUACCAGCACUGCUGAUAGCCCAAGCACUCUGACCACAGAAGAGAAGAUUGCAACGACCACUAGAGCGGAGCCGACAACGACUAUGCUCACUACCACAACGCCCACAAUAGUGUCCACUAGUGAACGAACGACUCCAAGCCCCAGUACGGCUGCUACUGAGACCACCAGUAGCAGCACGGUAACUGACACCACUCCACCGCAUGUCACUAGUAGUACAAGUGUAGAAUCAUCCACCAGUUCAUUAGCCCCAACAAGCAUGGUGCUCACUACUACCACUACCACAGAACAGGAGACCUCACCGGCUACCACACCUACAACUUCCGCCCCGGAGAUUCUCAUAGAGAUUUUCGGUCCAACGACGAGUUCACCGAAGCUCCCGUCGACUACUCAGUUCUUCUCCACCGUGGACCCAUCCACCGUCGAAUCCAUCACGGAUUCCACCACCGAAGAGUCCAGUUCCGAAGAAGGAAGCGGCAGCGAGGAAGAAUCCGGCGAAGAGGAAAGUUCCAGCUACGAAAGUUACGAAUCGACCGCAGAACCCACCACCACAACGGUAACCGAAGCCAACCGAUAUCCGAACACGACUUGGUCCACCAGUUCACCGAGCACCGCGGUCGAUUCGACCACCAUCACCAGCACAACAACCCUCAACAUCACCAGUUCCCUCCAAUCGAUUGCAUCGAUGUUCAACAUCAGCACCAGCACCGGUAUGCCGGUACGGUUUCCAGCGGACAAUGUCACCUCGACGACCGCCAGCAGCUCCACGUCGCCGGACGGAGGAGUCACGAUGUCGCCCGACUUUACGACCUCCUCGUCGUCGUCCACCACAACCGUGCCACUGCUCGAGGGCAUCGAUUAUCGUGCCGUGUGCGGCAAGCGUAUGUUCCCGGAGCCUCGGAUCGUCGGCGGCACCAAGGCAGCCUUUGGGCGGUGGCCGUGGCAAAUUUCGCUGCGUCAGUGGCGAACCUCAACCUACCUGCACAAGUGCGGCGCUGCCCUGCUGAACGAGAACUGGGCCAUUACGGCGGCUCACUGCGUGGAUAAUGUUCCACCAUCUGAUCUGCUGCUGCGGUUGGGCGAGUACGAUUUGGCACUGGAGGAGGAACCCUACGGCUACCAGGAACGGCGGGUGCAGAUUGUGGCGUCCCACCCGCAGUUCGACCCGAGGACGUUCGAGUACGACUUGGCCCUGCUGAGGUUUUACGAACCAGUGGUAUUCCAGCCGAACAUCAUUCCGGUUUGUGUGCCUGACGGUGACGAGAACUUCAUCGGGCGGACGGCCUUCGUCACCGGAUGGGGUCGACUCUAUGAAGACGGACCACUGCCGAGUGUCCUGCAAGAGGUAACGGUUCCUGUGAUCGAGAACAAAAUCUGCGAAACGAUGUACCGAAGUGCCGGUUACAUCGAGCACAUCCCACACAUCUUCAUCUGUGCCGGGUGGAAAAAGGGCGGCUACGAUUCCUGCGAAGGUGACUCCGGUGGCCCAAUGGUCAUCCAGCGACCGGACAAGCGUUUCCUCCUGGCCGGUGUCAUCUCGUGGGGUAUCGGCUGUGCGGAACCAAACCAACCCGGUGUCUACACGAGGAUAUCGGAGUUCCGGGACUGGAUCAAUCAAAUACUGCAAUUCUAGACGACGACGACGGCUCGAAACAGGAACCUAGCACAAGCACAAGCGUACAAGGGAGAAUCAGUUGCAUUUCGUUCCCAGCUCGGUUUGUCGUGCUCAAACCAUCCGAGUGCUGGGACCAAGGAAACGCAGUGUUCAGUAUUCACGCGAGAUACAUUCGGAAGACGGUGAGAAAUAGGAGAUCGGAACAAAAUCCAAGACUUUGUUCCUUUGAUUGUUGAUUUGUUUUAGUUGACUAAUGAGGGUAGGCAUUGAGCAUUGAUCUGUCGAUGGAAUCGAUUCGAUUGGAAGUAGCGUUGAUGAGGCGUCGCUCCGACUAACUAUUAGCUGGUGCCGAAUUUCAUCGAUAGAUCGAUAACGAGCAAACCACAACUACGGAACUAGGGGGAAACAUUUUAGCACAAAGCACAAAAAGAAAAAAAAUCGCUCAAAGCAACAACCAGUGAACGAAAACACCUCAAAAGUAUCAAGAAACUGUACUCGUUAUAUAUUUUAUUAUCGAAAGACAAAAGAAGAAAACCCAAGCGGGUUGAAGUUUUAAACUACGGGAAAACCAAUCGCGACUUGUGAAAUGAUUUUGAUAUUCGGAUUUUGGCGAGCGUGUGAACACCCGUGAGUGAGUGAGUGAAUUUGCGAGUGUACUGAAUCGUACUUUUAGACAAUUUUAUCUAAGUUGUGAUAAUUGGUUGUGAAUGUGUGCGAUGAAAGGAUGAGAGUUUUUAUUUUUGUUUUAGGAAACACAAUCGAAGCGUGCUUGAGUGUGUGCCGUUAGGUUUUAAAAUAACAAAAUUAUUUAUUUAUUUAUAUCAUUAACGAAACUAAAUUUUACGCAAAUCAUGCAGCAUUUUCAUUGUAACGACAAAGCUACUUUCCAAACUAGGAGUUUUUACAAUGACACAAAAUGUGGAUGCACUUCAGACAGGGAGGAUAUCUGCUCGUUGGCUGGGAACAGUCAACAGGCCUGAAGUGAGAGUGAACGUUACUGUGAGUGGCGAAUAUUGUUUGUACAUAGGUAUUUGUUAAGGAUUGAACAUGAUGGAAAAUAUAUUUAAAUUUUGUACAAUAUUUAUGAGAAUAAAACUUAUUUUUUAUAUCAGCA